AUGUGUGCCACAUGCACAUUCUUCAGUGUUGGACUCUGAGUUUUGUGAAGCAUCACAAAGUACACGGACUGAAGUUCUUAAUUGCCCUACAGACAAAAUGAAGUGGAGGGAAGCGGCAGAGAUGAAGAACUGCUCACAUUAUGAGCAUGCAUGUAAAGGAAAACUUUCAUAUCAUUGUGUCAUAAAUCCAUGGCAGAAUGCCACAGUUGAAGUGUGUGCACCAGAAACUCAAAUUAAUGCAGGAUACUGUGCAGAAUACAAUCGAAGAGGUGGAAAAAUACAGGAAUUUUAUAAGAAGUCCUGUGAAAAUUGUGUGAAUGAAUACAUCUCAACAGAAGCUUAUAAAUAUCAAGAAUGUUACAGAGCAGUCUAUAAACUCCGUGCAAAUAAGACAAAAGAUAUGUUCAAAAGUAACAGAAUUCUUGAUUCUAAUAAUGCAACGCAAGCAAUGCAAGAAAAAGAUGGAUCAGAACAAGCUUUCCCCAGCAUAGGCAACUACACUGGUGGACAUUCUUUCCACGUGAUUUUACUUGUCUGCUUUCUAUUUGUAUGCUUAUGCUAAACCUUCACUAAAAAUAUUUAUAAACGCAAAAUUUAAGAGACUUGCAAAUAUUUUUGCCUCUGUUUAGUUCUAUUAACAAAGGAAGACACAAAUCAAUAUGUUUCAGUGUAGAUUUUUAGCUCUACUGGUCAGAGACCAGAAGAGCUUAUGCAAUUGUAAGGUGUCCGCUGUCCAUCCGUCUGUCUAGCUGUCUGUCUGUCCAUCCGUCUGUAAACAAUUUUUCAGAACGCUACUCCUUCUACAGUUUUGGUCUGAUUUCAAUAUAACUUGGCAUAUACAGUCCCUGAAAUGCUAUACUUUCCAAUUUUUCCAUUGGCUCACCGUUCGUUCAGAAUGUGUUCACCGUUCUUUCACCGUGCUUUCACCCUUCACUCUCCAUUCACAGUUUUGCGUUCAGCGUUCACCAUGCGCUCGCGUUCACUCUCCGUUUGUUCACUUUGCGUUCACCUUGCGUUCAGUGUUCACUUAUCGUUCAGUCUUCACUGUCAUUCAGAACUCCAAAGUUAAAGGACUUAUCGUUUUGUAAGUAGACUACACUAAGAUACAUAAUUCUCUGUAUCGAUUUUUGAUUUCAAUGAACGGUGUCGCCAUGGUUACUAAAAGUAGAGAUUACUGGGAAAUCCUUUAAAAGUGCUACUCCUCCUACAGUUUUGGUCUCAUAUCAAUAUCAAUCAGCACACAAUUAGACUAUACUAAGAUACAUAAUUCUGUUUAUCUGUUUUUGAUUUCAAUGAAUGGUGUUGUCAUGGUUACUUAAAAUAGAAA